GAAACAGAAGUGGUUGGUGCACUCACACGCGGAACUGUCUCCUUCCUACCGCCCGCUGACAACAGCCAUCAGUGCAGUUUCUCUACACUCAUAUUAAUCCCGGGCGGUGAAAAAUGAACUUCUCCCCCACCCUUGCAGCCACCCUUCGCCUCACGCCCCCAGAGAAGAGUUUCUCCAUCCGGCAACUGGUGAAGGCUUUUUUCCAAGUCACAUGAUUCAGGAUGCAGGGGGGGAAAAAUCCUUCUUGGAACAACAGAGCUGGGUGCAGAAUCGAAUCAGAUGAGAAGAGAUAAGGUGUGAUGUGGGGCAGACUAUAUAAAGCAUGAAAGCAGGACUGCAGCAAGCAGGCAGCCGUGGGGCCCCCCCUUCCCCUGACCCAGCCAUGCAGGUGCCGCCUGGCUCGGUAGCCAGCCCCUGGAGAAGUACGAGGCCCUGGAGAAGCGCAAGUCGCAGCUACUUCUACCUUAGCACCGCUGCGUUAGUGUGCCUUGUGGUGGCAGUGGCGAUCAUCCUGGUCCUGGUAGUCCAGAAGAAGGACUCUACUCCAAAAACAACUGACAAGGUUCCCCUUAAAGGAGGAAAUUGCUCAGAGGACCCCUUAUGUACCCUGAAAAGGACACCAUUCAAGAAGUCAUGGGCCUACCUUCAAGUGUCAAAACAUCUCAACAAUACCAAGUUGUCAUGGAACCCAGAUGGCGCCAUCCAUGGAGUUGGAUACCAGGAUGGGAACCUGGUAAUCCAGUUCCCAGGCUGGUACUUCAUCAUUUGCCAACUGCAGUUCCUUGUGGAGUGCUCAAAUCAUUCCAUAGACCUGACAUUGAAGCUCCUCAUCGAUACCAACGUCAAAAAGCAGGCACUGGUAACAGUGUGCGAGUCUGGAGUUCAAAACCAGAGAAUCUAUCAGAAUCUCUCUCAGUUCUUGCUGUAUUACUUACAGGUCAACUCUACCAUAUCAGUCAAGGUGGAUAAUUUCCAGUAUGUGGAUACAAACAUUUUUCCUCUUGAUAAUGUGCUGUCUGUCUUCCUAUAUAGUAGUUCAGACUGAAUAGUUGCUCUUGACCUUUAUGAAGAAUGCUGC